AUGUUCACUUUGGAAAAUAUAUUGAAACCAAAACCUGCUGUCGAAAAUAUUCGUGCAAUUUUUGAUGGCUCAAAAAUUCCGAUUCCAGCUAAUUUACAUCCAGUGGAAAGUUUACGUAAGUUAAGAACGUUUGAGGUUUUUGAAAGUGAUAAUAUUUUAAUUCGAAUGAGAUAAUUGCUUUUACAUUAGAGCAAACAAAUUUAAAGACCCAACAUUUUUUCAGCAAAUCCAGAGAAAAUCGUUAAAUGUGCUUUAGAAUCUGGAAUAUUUUUGAAUGUUUUCCAAUUUCCAACCGGCUGCUUCACAUCACUAAUAUGUCUCAAACCUGAUGGCUUCAAGUCUGGAACAAUUCUGAAAGUCCCUGAAGAGCUGAUAGAGUUCUCCCAGAGAUCAACAAAACUUGCAAAUAUUUGUGAAUCUACGGUUAUUGGAGAUAUUUCCUAUGGAUGUGAACUUAUUUUGUACAAAGAUGAUGAUGAAGAAAAAAACAGUGGUUAGUUGUUUAACUUUUUUUAAUUUGGAGGGUAAAAAAACUCUGAAAAAUUCCAAACACGAACAAAAUGUGAAGAAUUCUAAUUAGUUUUUUUUUCAUGUAAACUAAAUUCAAUUUAUAUCCAAGGAGGAAAAGGAGGUAUUAACUUUUGGAUGCAAAAAAAUGAUCGCUAAACUAUUUUUUUUCCAGAUGGAUACACAUGUGGAAGAUGUGGGAAAAUGUUCAGUUAUGAAUAUUAUCGCGACAAACACUUGAAAUAUACAAAAUGUGUCGAUAAUGGUAAUCGCAAAUUUCCGUGCACUAUUUGCAGUCGGUGAGUACAGUAACCCGGUGCCGGAAAAGAGAAGGACUCUUUUUCUGAAAGGCGUUAAGAGGUACUUAUAUACACACAUUAUUUACAUUGUGUCUUGUCUCUAUGAUCAAAAACACUGAAAGAAUAAACGAAAAAUUUUCAGAUCAUUUGAAAAACGAGAUCGAUUGAGGAUACAUAUUCUACAUGUUCAUGAAAAUCACAGACCCCACAUUUGUACAAUUUGUAAAAAAUCAUUCAGCCAAUCGAGUAGUUUGAACAAGGUGAGACUUUUUUGAAGAUUAUUACAGUGACUAUAUGUAUUCUUUGAAGAAUUUGUUAAAUAAACUUGCGUUUCAUUAAUCUGAUAAGAUAAAUGUUCAGAGAUCUAUAAAGAAAAAUACCAUUGGUCUUUUAGAAAAUGAAAAAGUUUACUGUAGAUCAAAUUUUAUCAACCGUUGGGUCAUUGUUUUUUGAUAAGUAAUGGAAUGGGGUGGCCUUUUGAUGAUCUGAUCUGAUUCAAUGUGAAACCGAUAACAAGUCACUUGAUUUUCAUUGAAAGAAGACAACAACUUUGGAUGUUUGAACUGGCGUAAUCCGAGCGAUGUUUUUUUCAGCAUCUUCGUGUACAUUCUGGAGAACGACCUUAUAAGUGUGAAUUCUGUCCAAAAGCAUUUACAGCCUCUUCAAUUCUUCGAACACAUAUUCGCCAACACAGCGGAGAAAAACCAUUCAAAGUAAAACUAACUCUUUUUCACCAUUGAAAACUGUUUUUGUUUUUUUUUCAGUGUUCAAAUUGUGGAAAAGCAUUUGCAUCUCACGCUGCCCAUGACAGUCAUGUUCGACGAUCUCAUCGUUAA